AUGUCCUCCAAGGUUACUGGGAAUGACUGGGCCACUUUUGGCUUGGUGGCCUGCGAGACGCCCCUCAGGAAGUUUCCCAAUGUUCAGGAGAAGAAAGGGAAUAUUCCUGGGAAACGGUGCAACGUUAGAAACAAGGCGAACUUUGUAGAUCAGCAACAGAGCACCAAUACUGUAGAAGAGCCCCUGGAUCUCAUCAGGAUCAGUUUAGAUGAGCAAAUUUAUGUGAAGAUGAGAAACGACCGAGAGCUUCAAGGCAGAUUACAUGCUUGUGAUCAACAUUUAAAUAUGAUUCUGGGGGAUAUAGAAGAAAUUGUAACAAUGAUAGAGAUUAAUGAAGAGACAUAUGAGGAGAUAUAUAAAUCAACAAAAUGGAACAUCCCCAUGUUCUUCGUCCGGGGAGAUGGUGUUGUUCUACUUGCCCCUCCAUUGAGAGUCGGCUGA